AUGUGGAGUUUUAAGAGAGUUAUUGCUGACAGAUCGGUGCUGAAACGGAUUUCAGAAUUUCACAGCGAUGAUGGUGCAAGUGAGACCAAAAGGACGAGAGUCGAAAAUUGUCAUAGUGAAAAUUCAGAGAGUGAUAAAGACAGUGGAAAUAUACGUGGAAAGGGAACGGAUGGAGAAACGGAUAAGGCCACAAGAGUUCAAAGACAGGAGGCAAACAGUAAAGCAUUUAGUGAAAAUGGAGAAACGGUUAGUGUUGUGGACAAAGAAUGUAGUGGAGUUGAUAAAGGAGGUGGCGAGAGGGACAAGGAAAUAAGUGGCGUUGAAAAGGAGUUGGUAGAUAAAGACACAUCAAAAGACUGUGAAGUAGUGAAUUCUUCCAAGCGUGUUCAUGAACCAAUGGGUUUGAUUGAAGUGAAAAAAGUUCACAUUUCCCCUGAACUGGAGAAACAACUGAAGCUUUCGGAGGGUAAAAACAGCAGCGCAGAGGGGACACAGAAUGAAGGAAUGGAAAAACAAGAAGAACCUGGAAAAUCUGCACUUCCAUCAGAACUCAAAACGAACUUGGAAUUAGCAAUUGAUCGUGUUGCCAAAGGGUUAGCAGGUGAUUCUAAAAGGAUAAAGUCAUCAGAGCCCCCCCGGAAAUUAAACCCCAUGCCCUUCAUGCGAGACCUUCAUCGGAACUUGCUUAAGAAGCUUUCUAGAAAUGAGCUGGAGGAGUUUGUGGUCCAGAAGUUAUGUGAAGUUGUGACUGAACGUUGUACUUUGGGUGAUUUACGACAGAGGUGUCAGUCAUUAGAACAGAUGGUUGAUCAGUGGCGAAAGAAGGCUCAACAGCUACAGAAACAGGUUAAGGAUAUGGAAAUGGUCAUGAAGCGGUACAUUGGUGAUGCUCGCACAAGAAAGGAACGACCUAUUCCAGUUAAAAUAACCCGGUCUGUUGGACUGCAGGUGCACAUGGGACCACUGGGUCCAGGUAUGUUGAGAAACCGCAUACUGGGCAGUGACACUCAGAGGACUCCAGGGCAAGUGAGACGGAGAGGCAAUAGGGUGUCACCUCCUCGUGUGGCAGCAUCAGUGGUAUGGCAUUAUUCUACUUAA